CAUGGACUGGCAGCCGGACGAGCAGGGCCUGCAGCAGGUGCUGCAGCUGCUCAAGGACUCGCAGUCGCCCAACACGGCCACGCAGAGAGUGGUGCAGGAUAAGCUGAAGCAGCUGAACCAAUUCCCGGAUUUCAACAAUUACCUGAUCUUCGUGCUGACGCGCCUCAAGUCCGAAGACGAGCCCACGCGCUCCCUGAGCGGGCUGAUCCUCAAGAACAACGUCAAGGCGCAUUUCCAGAGCUUUCCGCCGCCCGUGGCCGAGUUCAUCAAGCAGGAGUGCCUGAACCACCUGGGCGACGCCUCCUCGCUCAUCCGCGCCACCAUCGGUAUCCUGAUCACCACCAUCGCCUCCAAGGGCGAGCUGCAGAUGUGGCCGGAGCUGCUGCCGCAGCUCUGCAACCUGCUCAACUCCGAGGACUACAACACCUGCGAGGGCGCUUUCGGGGCGCUGCAGAAGAUCUGCGAGGAUUCCUCGGAGCUGCUGGACAGCGACGCCCUGAACCGGCCGCUCAACGUCAUGAUCCCCAAGUUCCUGCAGUUCUUCAAGCACUGCAGCCCCAAGAUCAGGUCCCACGCCAUCGCCUGCGUGAACCAGUUCAUCAUGGACCGGGCACAGGCGCUGAUGGAGAACAUCGACACCUUCAUCGAGCACCUGUUCGCGCUGGCGGUGGACGAGGACCCCGAGGUGCGCAAGAACGUGUGCAGGGCGCUGGUGAUGCUGCUGGAGGUGCGCAUCGACCGCCUGAUCCCCCACAUGUACAGCAUCAUCCAGUACAUGCUGCAGAGGACCCAGGACAGCGAUGAGAACGUGGCGCUGGAGGCCUGCGAGUUCUGGCUGACGCUGGCGGAGCAGCCCAUCUGCAAGGACGUGCUGACGGCGCACCUGGUGCAGCUGAUCCCGAUCCUGGUGCACGGGAUGAGAUACUCGGAGAUCGACAUCAUCCUGCUCAAGGGCGACGUGGAGGAGGACGAGGCCGUCCCCGACAGCGAGCAGGACAUCAAGCCGCGCUUCCACAAGUCGCGCACGGUGACGCUGGCGCACGAGGAGCAGCGCGGCGGCGACGGCGACGGCGACGACGAGGACGACGACGACACCCUGUCCGACUGGAACCUGCGGAAGUGCUCGGCGGCGGCGCUGGACGUCCUGGCCAACGUGUUCCGCGAGGAGCUGCUGCCGCACCUGCUGCCGCUGCUCAAGGAGCUGCUCUUCCACCUCGAGUGGGUGGUCAAGGAGUCGGGGAUCCUCGUGCUGGGGGCCAUCGCCGAAGGCUGCAUGCAGGGCAUGGUGCCGUACCUGCCCGAGCUGAUCCCGCACCUGAUCCGCUGCCUGGCGGACCGCAAGGCGCUGGUGCGCUCCAUCGCCUGCUGGACGCUCAGCCGCUACGCGCACUGGGUGGUGGCGCAGCCGCCCGAGCUCUACCUGAAACCGCUCAUGACCGAGCUGCUGCAGCGCAUCCUGGACGGCAACAAGCGCGUGCAGGAGGCGGCCUGCAGCGCCUUCGCCACGCUGGAGGAGGAGGCGUGCACGGAGCUGGUGCCGUACCUGAGCUUCAUCCUGGACACGCUGGUGUUCGCCUUCGGCAAGUACCAGCACAAGAACCUGCUCAUCCUCUACGACGCCAUCGGCACCCUGGCCGACUCCGUGGGCCACCACCUCAACCAGCCGGAGUACAUCCAGAAGCUGAUGCCGCCGCUGAUCCAGAAGUGGAACGAGCUCAAGGACGAGGACAAGGAUCUGUUCCCUCUGCUGGAGUGCCUGUCGUCGGUGGCCACGGCGCUGCAGAGCGGGUUCCUGCCCUACUGCGAGCCCGUGUACCAGCGCUGCGUCACCCUGGUGCAGAAAACGCUGGCGCAGGCCAUGAUGUACAACCAGCACCAGCAGUACGAGGCCCCCGACAAGGAUUUCAUGAUCGUGGCUCUGGACCUGCUGAGCGGCCUGGCCGAGGGGCUGGGCGGCCACGUGGAGCAGCUGGUGGCUCGCUCCAACAUCAUGACCCUGCUGUUCCAGUGCAUGCAGGACACGAUGCCCGAGGUGCGCCAGAGCUCCUUCGCGCUCCUGGGUGACCUCACCAAGGCCUGCUUCGUGCACGUCAAGCCCUGCAUCGCCGAGUUCAUGCCCAUCCUGGGCACCAACCUGAACCCCGAGUUCAUCUCCGUGUGCAACAACGCGACCUGGGCCAUCGGGGAGAUCUGCAUGCAGAUGGGGGCCGAGAUGCAGCCCUACGUCCCCAUGGUCCUCAACAACCUGGUGGAGAUCAUCAACCGCCCCAACACCCCCAAAACGCUGCUGGAGAACACGGCCAUCACCAUCGGCCGCCUGGGCUUCGUGUGCCCGCAGGAGGUGGCGCCGAUGCUGCCGCAGUUCAUCCGGCCCUGGUGCACGUCGCUGCGGAACAUCCGCGACAACGAGGAGAAGGAUUCGGCGUUCCGCGGGAUCUGCGUCAUGAUCGGGGUCAACCCGGGGGGCGUGGUGCAGGAUUUCAUCUUCUUCUGCGACGCCGUGGCGUCCUGGGUGAGCCCCAAGGACGACCUGAGGGACAUGUUCUACAAGAUCCUGCAGGGUUUCAAGGCGCAGGUGGGCGAGCAGAACUGGCAGCAGUUCUCGGAGCAGUUCCCGCCGCUGCUCAAGGAGCGCCUGGCGGCCUUCUACGGGGUCUGAGCGCGGGGGGAGCCCUGGGCAGGCGCGGGG